AUAUAUAAGUGGGUGUGUGGUUAGAUAUUUUUUUGUAGUUUGGGUUCUUGUGUCAAACUUAAAAGAGUAGCAAAUUCCGAUAACGAAGAGGAUGGCCGGUCAACCAGAGAAGAAGCCAGAAUCUGUCUACGACUUUACUCUAAAGGAUGCAAAGGGAAAUGAUGUUGAUCUUAGUACCUACAAAGGGAAGGUCCUACUUAUCGUGAAUGUUGCGUCCAAAUGCGGUUUGACUGAUUCAAACUACAAAGAUCUCAAUCAUUUACAUGAGAAGUACAAAGAUCAAGGCCUGGAAAUAUUGGCAUUUCCUUGCAAUCAAUUUGGUGCGCAAGAACCAGGGAGCAACAAUGAGAUUGUAGAAUUUGCUUGUACGCGUUUCAAGUCAGAGUUCCCUAUCUUUGACAAGAUUGAAGUGAAUGGCGAAAACACAUCUCCUUUUUAUAAGUUCUUGAAAUCAGCCAAGUGGGGAUUACUUGGGGACAAUAUCCAGUGGAAUUUUGCUAAGUUCCUCGUUGAUAAGAAUGGCCAGGUUUCUGAUCGCUAUUAUCCUACCACAUCUCCUCUCUCAAUUGAGAGGGACAUAAAAGUGCUGCUGGGAAUCGAAUAGUUGCCAAGGUUGAGCCUUCAACAAUGUGGAUCGAUUUCGGACUUGUUAAUGCUGGCUUCAUUUUAUUGUCGGAGUAGUUUGUCCCUUAUUAAUAAAUUUCUACAUGUUAUUCUCUCUCGUGAUAAUGUUCUUGAAAAUGAUAUCCAGGCAUUUGCUAUUAUUAGUCCGCCAGUUUUUUUGUUCGUGGAAGAACAAUUUCUGACUUGAUGUGCUUGAUGUUUAUUUGUUUCCAUCU